ACAAGGCCACUUUGAUUGCGCUAUUUUUUUUCAGCUUAAAGAACAGUGUUGGUAUUUAGCGUUUGAAUACGAUUGUUUAACAAUAAGUUACAAUGAAAUCAUUCGUUAUCUUUAUGGCUUUUAUAGCAUCAUCCUUUUCCCGCCAGGUUAAGCGGGACGCCGGUGAUCAAAAUCCCAAGGUAUGGGAUGCCUUAGCCCAGAACAGCGGACGCGGACAACUGUCUGCUGAAGAUACGCUCAAUUUGUAUAUUAACGCCAAGGCUGGCCAGGAUUACCCGAACUUUAGCGAAGCUCCCGCUGGUAAUUUUGACUGUGGAUCGGUUAAACCUGGAUUUUACGCCGAUGUUGAUUAUCAAUGCCAAGUUGUCCGACGAUGCGAUAUCAACGGUAACCAAACGGCUUAUUUGUGCCCCAACAUGACGAUUUUCAACCAGAUUACACUGGUCUGCGACUGGUUCUACCAUGUCGACUGCAAUCAAGCGCCAAAGUGGUACGACUACUCCAACAGCCGUUUGUACCAGGGCGGCGAUGUGACGCUGCUGGAUAAUCAAGACCAGAUCGGCGAAGAGGAGCUGAUGAAAGGAAUGCUUCCCAGCUCCAAGCAUAAGGAGGAGGAAAAUACAGCUACCACUACAACUACCACCACAACUAAAGAACCGGUCACUAAAUUACCGUUCACACUUCCUCGACCAACUUUUAGAGCUCCGUCUGAAAGAGCCUAAACAAAACGGAAAGGAGCUGUAUGGUCAAGCAGCGAACAGCAAUUUUAUGAUUUUCAAGUAAAGGGAGUGUUCAUAAUUAGAUUGCUUAGUUUUGUACAAUUGCUCUGUACGUUAUGCAUUCUUUUUAAGCAAUAGCCACUCAACAGGCGUAGCAUUACUUGUAGUGAAAGUUAAACCCGAAUACUGUUUGAAGAUAUCUGUAGAUUCUUAUGACCUUGAAAUGCGUCACCUAUAAA